AUGACUCUCCGAAAAGCACCAAUGGCCUGCAGCAGAGGCGUGGUGACGAGUGCCUUCUACUGGUCUGUAGCGCUUGUCUGUUUGACUCAUAUGGGCGGAGUUAAGCCGGACUGCUGGUUAAUCGAAGGGGAAAAGGGCUUCGUGUGGCUAGCAAUUUGUAGCCAAAACCAACCACCGUUCGAGGCCAUCCCCCAGCACAUCAACAGCACCAUAGUUGACCUUCGCUUGAAUGAAAACAAAAUCAAAAGUAUACACUACUCUUCACUCAGCCGCUUUGCCAACUUGACCUACCUGAACUUAACCAAGAAUGACAUCUCCUACAUUGAAGACGGGGCUUUUUCCGCUCAGUUCAACCUCCAAGUCCUGCAGAUGGGGUUCAACAAGAUGCGUAAUCUGACAGAAGGGGUCCUCAGGGGACUAGGGAAGCUGCAGUACCUCUACCUCCAGGCCAAUCUGAUCGAGACUGUGACACCCAAUGCCUUCUGGGAAUGCCCCAACAUCGAAAACAUUGAUUUGUCCAUGAACAGGAUUCAGCAGUUAGACGGGUCCACGUUUGCUAGCCUGACAAAGCUCACCACCUGCGAGCUGUACACCAAUCCUUUCAACUGUUCUUGUGAGUUGUACGGUUUUGUCAAGUGGCUGUCAACGUUCCCGAAUAGGACCAACGAGCGGAUGGUGUGCGACACUCCAUCUGGUGUGUCUGGCUACAGCUUGCUGAGCCAAAAUCCCAAUGAUCCAACUUAUAAGAACGCUCUGCACAUGCUGACCACUGUAUGUACUGAUGAUUAUGUCACCCCGUUCAUCGCCAUACCAACGGAGCCCACGAUGCUACUGCCAGACGCUACACUGUGCGAGUUGGAGGACUGUACCUCCGGCACCGAACCAGAGAACAUAACCAUCAGUACAACGUAUACGGAUCUCAAAGUUAAACCUCUUAUGAAGCUGAAACAAGUAACCAACACAGGUGCUACUAUUGCAGUUCAAAUCCCUUAUCCCUUUAAGAAAAUGUACAUCCUGGUUCUUUACAACAAUAGCUUUUUCACAGAUAUCCAAACUUUAAAUGAUAUACAAGAGGACAUUGAACUAAAAAACCUGAAACCACACACCAAUUACACUUACUGCGUGGCUUCCAUCCGUAACUCUCUUCGUCACAACCACACUUGUCUAACCGUGACCACCGGCCCCUGGAGCGGUAAAGAAAGGAGUACCAACAACGCAACAGCAACGCAUUAUAUCAUGACCAUACUAGGCUGUUUGUUUAGCAUGGUCAUUUUUCUCGGGGUGGUGUACUACUGCUUGAGACGCAAACGUAAGCAAGAUGAGAAGCACAAAAAAGCAGGUAGCAUGAAGAAAAACAUAAUGGAGCUAAAGUAUGGACAAGAGCUGGAGGGAGGGACUAUAUCACGCAUGUCGCAGAAGCAUUUGUUAGCUGGAGAGAGCAUGGCGCGUAUGCCGUACUUGCCACCGGGGGCAGAUUUGGACCAGUAUAAAUUUCAGGAGAUUAGUGACACUCCUAAAAUGAUGAAAGGUAACUACAUGGAGGUGAGGAGCAUGGACCACCACGAUCGAAGAGAGUGUGAGAUGGGGAUGCCCGGGAACAGCCAGGGAUCUGUAGCGGAGAUUUCUACCAUCGCAAAAGAGGUAGAUAAAGUCAAUCAGAUCAUUAACAACUGUAUUGACGCAUUGAAGUCUGAGUCCACCUCUUUUCAGGGCGUCAAGUCGGGCGCGGUGUCGACAGCAGAGCCGCAGUUGGUACUUUUGUCCGACCAUCCGCAAAAUAAAUCCGGUCUCUUGUCCCCUCCGUACAAGGACAGCUACCACCACUCUCUACAACGACACCGCAGUUCGGACGCCUCCCCCAAGAGACCCAGCACCGCUACCGGAGGCCCCAUGCGGAGUCCCAGACCGUACCGCUCCGAAUCCAAGUACAUCGAAAAAACCUCCCCGACCGGCGACACCAUCGUCACGGUAACGCCAACCGCCGCCAUCUUGCGCGCCGAGGCGGAGAAGAUGCGCCAAUACAGCGACCACCGGCAUUCGUACACCGACGCUCAGAUAGAAGAGCUGGAAGGGCCAGAUGUGCACAAGUCCAUGUUGGAACCGCUAACUCACUCGCGGUCCAGAGACUUAGCUUACUCCCAGCUGUCAUCGCAGUAUCAUAAUCUUAGCUACUCGUCCAGCCCGGAGUACUACUGCAAACCUUCGCACAGUAUUUGGGAGAAGUUUAAGCUGCACCGAAAGAGGCACAAAGAUGAGGAGUACAUGGCAGCAGGACAUGCACUUAGGAAGAAAGUGCAGUUUGCAAAGGAUGAGGACCUGCAUGAUAUUUUAGACUACUGGAAAGGCGUGUCCGCGCAGAACAAAUAAUAAACUCUUUAGCUGUUUUUAUGGACUUCCUGUUGCAGAAAUGACACAAGAACCUCAUGAUUAAAGACAUGAAAACUUCCGCAUUAUAUUCAAACACAUAUUUACUUUUGACUGUGAGAGAAAUGGCUAUUUAUCAGAGAUUUAUGUAAAACAACGGGGAGAAU